AUGGAGCAUCAACCAAAUAUUUAUAGAAAGAUGCUAGCAGCAGCGGUUUCCAGUAUUUUAUUAGAAUAUGGUGUUGACACUGUGGAUAAAGAAUGUUUAGGAACUCUUACUGAAAUGAUGCAAGCUUUUAUAACAGAGCUUGCUUCAAUGUCUAGAAAUUACUGUGAACUCUCCGGACGUGUAGAUCCAGUCUUAGGUGAUAUAGUUUUAGGAUUUGUAGAAAUGGGUUUUAAUUUUAACACAUUGGAAAGUUAUGUUAAAGGUUCCAAUCAUAGUAUUUUGCCUUCUCUUCAACAACAACAACCUCAAAAACAGUUGAAUAUGUUAGCAGCUGGUAGCAAACAACCAUUACCAUCUCAUAUUCCCCAGCAUUUUCCACCGUUUCCAGAUCCACAUGCUUAUGUUAGAACUCCUACACAUAAACAACCAAUUAUUGAUUAUGAAUCUGUAAGAGAAAAAGCAGCCAUUCAAAAACGAGAUAUUGAGAAGGCCUUAACAAAGUUCCUUGCUAAAACUAAUACUACGCAUAAUUUGUUUGACACAGAUGAGGCUAAUAUUUUUCCAUUGAUUGCUUGUGUUCCUGUAUACCCACCAUACCUCAGUGCUCUUCUUCCACAAGAUCAAAUUUUCGACGCAGAAGAUUUGGAUAUUGACCCCAAGAGUCAAAUUCUACAACAGCAGAAGAAUCACGAUAAAGCGAAAAAUAAUGUGAAACAAGAAAAGAAAGAUGACGAGGAACCAGAUAAUUUAAACGAAUCUAGAACAAGUGAGGACAAUGCAAACAGUUCGAAUUAUAUAGAUAAUCCAUACCUGGCUGCGACCAAACUACCGGGAGGACACAAUAUGGAGACAAUAUGA